GCCACACGUUCAAUUACUUCACUCUUCUUUCCGGUUAAAUAAUGAAAAAAGUAUUUUUUAUUCAUAAAACAAGACCAAAUAUUUGUAAAAUGAAUGUGAAAAAAAGGAUAAAUGUUUGAACGCUAAGUACUUUUCCACACACUUGAGAAAACAAAAAGUGUUCGGUUGUGCCCCGCUCUCCCCUACAUACUGCAGAUGAAACCUGAUGUUUAUCUUUCAGAAGAACAAAUACUUCAGAGUUAUGACGCGUUUCCGAUGUGAAAUAGUGCGUCCUCGCGCUUCCGGACCGGCAGCUUUGUUUACAUUCGUGGGUACAGACAGACAGAGAGAGAGAGGAAACUUCAGCACAAUGAGUGUCCGCCGUAAGAUGUUUAAGACACAGCACUUUCAGAGACAGGUGAAGAAAUACUCCGAGCACUGUUGUGUCCCUUUGUGCACAGCGUCCUCGAAAUUUAACGGCUAUUUAAGCUUCCACGGCUUCCCUGUACACACUGAGCUCAGGAGGCGAUGGUUAGUAAACAUCCGCCGCGACCAUUUCACCAUUUCAUCCCACACCAAGGUCUGCAGCAGACAUUUCACACCGGAUCAGCUAGUGGAGCCCCGGAGCACGGAGGGUCGGAGGAGGCUGGUGAGAGGCGCAGUGCCGCUGCUCUUCCGCUGGAACGGAUACAGCAUUCAGACACCCUCAGACAGCCCAGUCUCCCCACAACAUCUCAUACUGGAGCACGAUUACUGUGCUGCUCCUGAGCCGGCGCCCUUAGGCGUGUGCUGUGCAGAAAACGAAGCCUUGUCCCGGGAAGUGGAGGAGCUCAGGAACCGUCUGCAGAGCUUCGCGUCCAGACAGCGUCUGUUCGACUCUACAGAAGAAUCGGGACCUUUUAGACAUUUUGUAAUGGAGUCAGCAGAGGUGCAGCCGAGCCCUUUUAGAACAUCUCGCUCACAGCUUUGUGGGGAUCUGAGGACAGAAACCUGUACGGAUUCAGAUAGAGGGACACCAAGCUGUGUGGGACACAUCAACGCUGUGAACCAUCAGAAACAUAUAAAAAAGGAAGACACUGAAAAAGAAGGCUCCCUCUGUGGAGUGACCUCAAGCGCUGUGGGAGACAUUACAUUUGUGGAUGCACAGAAAGCUGUAAUAAAGGAAGAACCUGAAGAUGAAGACUAUCUCUGUGAAGGAACAUCAAGCCCUGUGGGGCACAGCAGCCCUGUGGGGCACAGCAGCCCUGCAGAUGAACCGAAUGAAGAAUUUAAAAUUAUGCUUGUGAAAGAGGAAGAGUCUGAAGAUGAAGAAAUGGAUGAUGAUCAGUUGCAAGUCGUCUCCUGCUCCUGGUGUUCACUUUCCUAUACGUCUCAAAUUGACCUCGAAAAGCACAUCAGGACAAACCAUAAUGACGAAUAUGAGAAAGUGGUGAUAUCAGGAGAGAUUCAAUAUGAGAAUCUAAUAUUGACAGGAAGCUCCAGUAUUCAGCAAAUACCUCCUGAUACUGUCACCAGUAACAACUCUAAUGGACAAAUGCAGAAAGUCUAUCAUUGUUUGCAGUGUGGGAAUAGAUUCACAAACAAGAGUAAUCUUAAAGCACACCAGCGCACUCACACAGGAGAGAAGCCGUAUCAGUGCACUCAGUGUGGAAAGAGUUUUACUCGUCAGAGUUCUCUCCAGCAACACCAGGUCGUUCACACGGGAGAGAAGCCACAUCACUGCUUAGAGUGUGGAAAGACUUUUACUCGACAGAGUUCUCUCCAGCAACACCGGCGCAUUCACACAGGGGAGAAGCCACAUCACUGUUCAGAGUGUGGGAAACGCUUUCCUCGUCAGAGUGAUCUCCAGAAACACCAGCGCAUUCACACAGGAGAGAAGCCGUAUCAGUGCUCACAGUGUGGAAAGAGCUUUAGUCAAAAAGGCAAUCUUCAAACACACCAGCAGAUUCACACAGAAGAGAAACCAUAUCACUGUUCGCAGUGUGGGAAAAGUUUUACCUGGCAGAGUACUUUUCAAACACACCGACGCAUUCAUGCAAGAAAAGCCAUAUCAGUAGUCACAGUGUAAGAAGAGUUUUACCUGUCUGAGUGACCUCCAGUGACAGCAGCGCCUUCAGAUAGUAGAGAAGCUACAAGAGAUACACCUAUUCACAUAAUAUACACAAUUAACAUUACAGCUAGUGGAUUCCCAGCUGUUGAUGCCAUAAAAAUAUCAAAGGAUGCUCUGUUGCAUUUUUUAAAUAUUGCCUUAAGAUCGAAGUGGAUUGGUAAAUUGAUAAACCCAAAUCUCAAUUCAAUUUUUAUUGGUAUAGUGCUUUUAACAUUGGACACUGUCACAAAGCAGAAAACCUUCACUAGUAAUUUAUGUUCCUUGAAUAAACUGUGCUGCUUAAUGUGAUCUUGUGUCUUCUUAUGUCUCAUGUUUCUUCCUUUUCCAAUAGUAAUGCACAUACAGUAUAUAUCUGCUCACUGCUGCUUGUCAUCAAUGCAUUUCAGACAAUAUACUAAAAGCAAUUAGCCAGUUUUAUUGGCUAUGUGAUGCCAUAGACAGUCACAAUGGUGAUAGAGCCAAGUAAAGAAUUUCUUCAAACACAUGCAUUUUGAGAUGACUGAAAGAUGAGAAAAACAAGACACAAAAAUAUUGCGUUGACCUUGAGCCAGUGGAUAUUCCAGAUGCCUAACUUGGAUAAUAUCAGAGUUGUGAGGUUUUACUUUGUUGGUUCACCCCCAGAUUUUGUUGACGUAUCACCAAAAGUGACGAAGUUUUUAGCGGGUUAUGUCCUAAAUAGAUUUUUUUUUUUUUUGCAAAAAAACCCCCAAAAACUUUUACACACUUUCACAACCAUAAGAAAGCAAUAGGAAUUUGUCCUGUCACUUUAUUCAGGCCACUUGGAAAUCAUCUUGGCUUGCCUGAUGAAGAACAGG